CAGCUGAAGCUGUUCCUUUUCUUGUGCCUAUUUUCAGCCUUCUCGGUCCUGGCGAUAGUGUGAAAGCUUAAAUAUGUCCUCUUUCUUGUCUCUCUAUCAACUUGAGGUGAUCCCCUUCAAACUCUGCUUACCAUCUUCUCUUGAAUACCCUAUCAUUCCUUUACUCUUCAGCAUAUCAUCCAGCAUUGAGUGCUUCAUUGGCUUUAUUUGCUUCAUUCUUCUCUUACUGUCCAUCUGUUUAUCCGUUUCAAUCAUCUGGCCCCAGCAACCAAGAAUCAACAAUCCUCUGAACAUACCUUAACCACCACCAAACUCAGAAUGCACUUGACAGACUCCAUCGCCGCCAUCACGCCGCUCCUCCUCGUGAUCACAUCGUGCUCAACAUUCCAAGUCCGCGAGCGCGGCGCAGCAGCAGCGCCGGCGGGAUUCACGACCUCGGUGCUAUCCGCCUGGGAUCUCACAGCCACGUCCUUCUCAGCCACCAACACCGACACGGUGGACGAUAUGGGUGCGACCAUCAACGGCGAGGAAGGGGAGGAAGAGGUGACAACCUUCUCCCGAGUGAAGAGGCAAGGAAAGGGUAACGGCAAGGGCAAAGGCAAGGGGAAGGGGAAGGGGAAAGGACAGGGGAAUGGGAAGGGUAAGGGUAAGGGUAGUAAGGGUAACGAUAAGGGUGCUGCCGAUGGGGCGAAUGCUGGAGCUGCUGGGAAUGGAACUAACACCGGGGCUGGUGCUGCAGCUGGUUCUGGCUCCGGCGCCGGAGACGGAGCGAGUGCGUAG